AUGGUCUACGAGAUCUGCACAGACGGAAUUCCGCGCCUCUGCCUCUCGGGUACCUCGGAAAUCGCUUUGGCCGGACUCUGUGCCAACCGAGUCCUCCCUGAUGCUAUGUUCCCUGUGCUUUCUGAAUCUCAUUUCAGCCAUUCGUUUUCUGCGUGCAAAAAUCAGGCAUCUGCAAAUGAGGCCAAUAAUCAGGGCGUUAGCCUGGAGCAUGCUGGGAUUGAUGAAGGUUUUAACACCAUAGGAAAAACAACUGAUAGGGGCCCUUUCGAAUGUCUCAAGUCAUUUAUUCGUAGAAAGGCUAUUGGUUUGUGCGCCUCGAGUCGCUGCUUUCGCGAAGAAAUCUCCCACCAGUCUCAGCCGCUCUAUCGAGUACACCAGUUUACUAAAGUGCGUACUUAUUCUAUUGUACUUACCUAUAUGUCCGCUUAUUUUCGCAUGCAUGUACGUUUGUACUUAUUCCUAUAUUCGUGUUUAUAUCUGAUGACAUAUUAA